UUAUUUCGUCCUACACAUCCGACCGGCCCACCUCACCCUCACCAUACAAAGACUAGACUCAUAGCCAUCAGAUCGCGUAUCUCCUCAUGUGGUUAGUCCAUGAAAAGAUUGCCUUGCACCUCAGCAGCGUAUCCAUCUCCCUGCCAAAUUGUGCUCCAUUGUCACCUAUAGCUACCUGGAUAUAGCUCAUGAAUGAGAGAUGCAGGGCAGUGUGAGUGUGUGUGUACAGCUCCUGCAAGCUGGCUGCAUGUGUGUGUGUGGCUAAGCUAGGAGUAGCAAAGACUAGGCUGGUAAUAGUAUAAACAAGAAAAGAUACAGCAGAGAGCACAAGACCACUAUGGAUAUGGAGGAGCAGGCCAACGCCGCCGCCACUGCUGCGCGAGAAGGCGACCUCGCCGACGUCGUGGCCCGUGCCAACGCAAUGGCCUACUCCACCGGAGCCCGUCGCCAAGCGCCACCACCUCCCCCUUCUGCGGCAGCUCGCGUCAUGAUCCCCUACGAGGAGGAGAGACAACGGCGGCCUGCGAACGUCGCCUGCGGCGGCGGCGAGGUUACCUUUGAGGCCCCGCCGUCAACCGUUGUGGUCGACCCGUACCUUCUGGCGGCGGCUGGUGGAUAUGGGCUGCCACAGCAGCACCAGCACCAGCACCAGCAACUGCUCGCUUUCCAGAUCUCUGAGCAUGCGUGCUGCGCCGCCGCCGACAGCGACGACCCCAUGAGGAUCUCGCCACCACCACCACAACCGGCUCCUCAUCAUCAGAUGAUCACCAGUUAUUGCGGCAUGGCUUGCACGCAUAUACCAUACUGCAGAAAGAACGAUGUGAGGAAGGUGGUCUGCAUCCCGGCGCCACCGGUGAUGAGCAACCGGGCAGGAGGGGGAGGGGAGGUGAUUCCAUCUGAUCUAUGGGCAUGGAGAAAGUAUGGCCAGAAACCCAUCAAGGGCUCUCCUUAUCCAAGGGGUUACUACAGAUGCAGCAGCUCCAAGGGGUGCCUAGCCCGGAAGCAGGUGGAGCGCAGCCGCAGCGACCCCAACAUGCUGGUUAUCACCUACACGGCGGAGCACAACCACCCAUGGCCAAUGCAGCGCAACGUUCUUGCUGGAUACGCUCGUGCUCACACGCACGCCGCUGCCAAGAAGCAGCAGAAGAUCAGCAGCAGUAGCUCCGCUGAUAAUGCCGCGAGCUCGUCCUCCAUCAACAGUUUCCACGUCGAGCAGAUCAAUCCGAUCUGCGGCGACCAGCUGCCCGUCAGUUGCAAGAUGCCGGAUAGCACGGCCACUGCCGGAGAUGGUGGUGGCCUGUUGUUUGAAGGCAUCCAGCCUGACGAGGUCUUUGCAGAGCUGGAGGAGUUGGAGACUCAUAAUAAUCCCGUGAUGACAAGUGCAAACGUCUACGGAUCCAGGGGGGUAAGUAGUAACUACGAGUGGCACAAAUUCUAAUCACGAUGCUUCUAGCUAAUCAAUCGAUCAGGGCGGCUGUGAUACAUAUAUGCAUGCUCGACUAAGAAGAUCAUACAUAUCUUAAAACGCAUGUUUUUUUCCUUUAUUUGUACAACAGGAUAACUAAUAUAUUUGUUUCCGCCAAUAUAUGAUGAUAAAACUAAGAGUGUA